UGAAGCCGAAGCCAUACACUCCUCCUUCUUUCCAGGGGGUGGAUUCCCUCUGGCUCCUGCUCCCGGGGACCCACAGGGGGUGCCCCGAAGGUCCUGACUCCUCUUUUGCUUAUGGGGGGCAUCAUCUGCAGCCACGACCCCUGUGUUUGAUUGUGGCUGUCUUUGACGGAGGGGCCUCCUCCAGUUAGUGCAUGACAGUCCCCACGUCCCUGUGCCCUCGGCAAGCAUCCUUUCUGGGCCCGUCUUUUGACUCGUUUUAGCAGCUCUCCGGCAUCCGUGAAACCAGCAUCUGCCAUGUCGCUCGUGGGGAUCUUGAGCACGCUCUUGGCCACGGAAGCCCUUGUUGCCUUUGCCAUCUUCUGCCUGAUCUUCAUGAUCGUCAGAUCCUUCUGGGACCCCAUCCCCCAGGGCCAAAAGAGGGUCCCUGGGCCGAGGAACUACCCCUUGAUUGGCAACAUCCUGGAGCUGGGGAAGGACCCCCAUCUGAGCUUGACCCGCCUGAGCCAGGAAUACGGAGAGGUGCUGAAGAUUCACAUUGGCACAAAGCCGGUCCUGGUGCUGAGUGGCCUGGAGACCAUCAGGCAGGCCUUGGUGAGGCAAGGAGGAGACUUCCUUGGACGUCCGGAUCUCUACAGCUUCCGCUACGUGAUAGACGGCCAGAGCCUGACUUUCGGAAACGAUACUGGAGAGGUGUGGCAGGCGCGCAGAAAACUGGCCCAGAAUGCUCUGAAGAGCUUCUCCGUGUCGGCCAGUCCUACCUGCUCCUCCACGUGCCUCUUGGAGGAGCACAUCCUCCAUGAGGCUGAGUACCUGCUGGGGAAACUCCAAGAGGUGAUGCAUGAGAAGAAGCGGUUUGACCCUUACCCGUACUUGGUCACCUCGGUGGCCAAUGUCGUAUGCGCCAUGUGCUUUGGCAAGCGCUACAGCCACGAUAACCAGGAGUUCCUUAGCUUAGUGAACGAGUCCGAAAAGUUUGUGGAAGUUGCAUUCUCGGGGAAUCCUGCCGACUUCAUCCCUGUGCUUCAGUAUCUGCCAAGGUACAGCAUGAAGGCCUUCAAGGAUUUCAACCAACGGUUCAAUGCCUUCUUGGUGAACAGAGUGCAAGAGCACUACAAGACCUUCAGCAAGGACAGUAUCCGGGACAUCACGGAUUCCCUUAUUGACCAAAGCCAGGGAAACAAGAUAGACCAAAAUGGGAAGCUUCGUUUGCCACCAGAAAAAAUAGUGAACCUUGUCAAUGACAUUUUCGGGGCAGAUGAGAUUAUUGGCAGAGAACGAAAGCCACAGCUCUCAGACCGGCCCUCUCUUCCGUACACAGAAGCCUUUAUCCUCGAAAUGUUCAGGCAUUCUUCCUUUAUCCCCUUCACAAUCCCACACUGCACGACCAGAGACACCGUCUUGAAUGGCUUCCACAUCCCAAAGGGUCUCUGUGUUUUUAUCAACCAGUGGCAAGUCAACCAUGAUGCGAAUCUCUGGAAGGAUCCAUUCUCCUUUAAUCCAGAGCGUUUCCUUACUGCGGACGGGAAGGACAUUAAUAAGGAUGAGAGAGAGAAAGUUUUGACCUUUGGGCUGGGGAAGAGAAGGUGCAUUGGGGAAACCAUUGCCCGGUGGGAGAUCUUCCUCUUCCUGACCAUUUUGCUCCAACAGCUGCAGUUCAGCGUUCAGGACGGAGUGAAGGUGGACAUGACCCCACGCUAUGGUCUCUCCAUGAAGCACAAGAGAUGUGACCAGAUCCGUGUGGAGCACCGUUUUCCAAAGACAAUCAGUGAAUGAAUUGCAGAGACAUGUGGACUGGCAGGGGGAAAGUUCUGAGUUUCUGACACACACACAAACACAUAAAGACGUUGUCCUAGAUGCAGAGAUCUAGCAAACUUUCUUCUGUGUAGCCAACUUCUCAGCCUCAUACAUCAUUUUAUUACCUUUUAUUAUGGUAAUAAAUAAUUACCCCCCUGCCCACUUUUCCUUUUCUGCAUAGGGGAUAAAACCCCAACAUCUCCUCCACCAAGGGAUGCAUUUUCUGAUGUCUCUGUGUUGACUGGAGCGGAGUUGCUGAGAAAAAUUGUGUUGCUUUAGCACAGGCCCCCUCAUGUGCAUUGUCUGAAGCCUUAUAUAAAGGCAAACAGAACCAGAGGGCGAAUAAUCCGAUGCGAUGAUAAUAAAUAAUAAUUCAUCACUUCCUUGCCAACUAUGCUGCCAAAUUUAAUUGUAUUUCAUUUUCUUCCAUGUAGCUCAGCAGUCCUUUCCUCCUAACAUUUCCUCUUUGUCAUCUUUGUGUUCCUUAAUUUUGGAUAAUUAAAGAUGGACGAAUCUGUCA